CCAACAGGUUAGAUAUAGAGUGUGAGAGAGAAGAGUGGAGGCUGGUUCUCAGGCCCCAGAAGCAUAAGCCUGUGUGGAGCGCGGCAUCAAUGAGCAAGGCGGGUGUGGAGGAUGAGAAGCAGGACCACAAGAUGGGAAGGGAACCUGUGUGCGGAUGGUGCCCUGAACAUGCUGCCCUGAGGAGGGACCUCUACAUGGGGUGGCCGGGCAGAGCCCGGCUACCUAGAGGGACCUCAACAGCUUUGCCAUUGCACACUAUCUUUGCAGACAAUAUCUUAAUCACAUGCACCUUUCUGCAGUUGCGCAGGGCACCUCAGACCCACAUCCCGGAUGACAUUGCUCAGAAGCUCGCAGCUGGAGAUGACAUCACCUUAGACAACAUCACCCUAGCCCAAGACAUCGCUAUUAGAGAUACAUCACCUGGACACUAAAGCCUCCACCCCAGUGACACCCAUGGAAUGCCUCUCCCAAGGUGCUGACAAAAUGGACAUGGGACAUUUACUGCUUUUCUUCGUUUGAAUUAGGAACUCUAUUGUGUUUCCUGAAUUUACUACCUGCUUGGCCUAUGAUCCUGGUAUGUUCCUUGCUCUCUGCCAAAACAUGCACCCUCCCCUCCACGCCUAAAGGAAAAUCUGGUAGAAGCUACUACUCUCAAUGCCAUUCUAAAAUUAACGAAGAGUAUUGUUUUCCCCAAAAAGCAGCUGCCACAGGUCAGUGAAUCCUUUGGACCCCGGGGAGAGGGUCAUACACUCCCUAGUGACUUCUACUCCACCCUCCAGCUUUCCACCAGGACCUCCUGCCCUGUCCCCAACUGUUACCACCACAACCACCCCAUCCCCUUGGUUACACACAAAUAUCACCAAUCUUCACAUGUACUUUACUGACUUCUCAGAUCAUACCCUCCAACAACAUAACUGCAGCACUUACCACCAUGACCUGAGAAAUACACCAAGAUAUUCUUGUCCAACUUUUUUGAGAGGUACAUAUCUCUCCAUACUUUUAACAUACUUUGCAAUCCACCAAGAUAUUGGUAGAGACCCUGGAAAUUUCGAAUCUAUUUCCCCUGCUAAUGCCAUAUGAAUGGGAAGCUUAGAUACAGGCUGGCCUACGAGGACUCCUUAUACUUUGAUUUUUGUUCCUCCUUUCAACUCUCAUAAAAAAAUAUUUUCUACACUAUUUAGGGCAAAUGAUGGCCUUCCUUCUAAGUCUCAUCCAUCAUCGCUGCAAAGGUGCCUUCGUUUGAUGUUAAAGCGUCACAGGGCCAAAUGUAUUGACCAUGUUUCUGGCAUCCAUAGAGUCGAUGUUUUAACAUCUGUC